GGCCGGCCCCGCGGAGCAGGCGCUCAGCCCGGCCCGCCCCGCGCCGAAGCCGCCGCCGCCGGCCGGCGAGGGCGGCAGGAUGAGCGGCGGGCGUAGCGGGCGAUCCGCUGUGAAGAUGGAGGCGCCGUUUUACCCCGAGGAAGGACUGGAGCUGCUACCCGACUUCGUGCCGCUGCCGGGCUUCGGUACCGCCGGCGGCCCCGCGGCUGAUGCGGCGGCGGGGCAGAAGCUGUUGCUAGGUGCCGGGAAGAAGCGGGACCUGGCGGCUGCCUCCCCCGCGCCGCUCCCGGGGCCCUUCGCUCUCCGCCCGCCCGCAGGCGCCCGCAGCAGCGCGGCGGCUCUGCGCUUGUUACCGCCGCCGCCGCCAGCCGCCGCCGUUCCGCCGCCGCCCGCCGGCUCCGCGGAGCCGGCGGGCGGCGGCGGAACGGCGGCGGCUCGCGGCGGCGCUGAGGCCGCGCUGGGCUCAGCUGCGGAGCUGCCGCUGCUGAAACUGCCGCCGGCCUCCGACCUGGAGCAGCUGCUGAUCCAGGGGGGCGCGGGGCUGGGCACUGGCAGCCCAGGGCCGGCGGCGCCCGGCUCAAGCGGCAGCGGGGCAGCGGGGCCGUUUCUCUACCGACAGCCGGUGACGCAGGAGCAGGAAGGUUUCGCCGACGGUUUCGUCAAGGCCCUGGCCGACCUGCACAAGCAAAACCAGCUCCUGGCGGGGCCGCCGCCGCCACUUUCCACGCCGGGACCCUGCUGCACCUCCCGCCCGGGGCCCCCGGGAGCCGCCGCCGCCGACCCGCCGGCCGUCUACACCAACUUGAGCGGCUUCAACCCCGCGGGGCCGCUGAGCCCUUCGGGCAGCGCCUACUCCGCCGCCUCGGCCCCGCCGCCGGGGCCGCCACCGGGGCCGCCGGGCUUGGCCUUCGGGUCGGCGGGUCUGGGGACCGCUCGGCUGCCGCCCGCGCGGUCCCUGGAAGAGCCGCAGACGGUGCCCGAGGUGCCGCCGUCGGCGGGCGUGGAGGGCGGCAGCAGCGCGCCGACGCCGCCGUCGCUGUCGCCGCUGGACGCGGAGAGCCAGGAGCGGCUGAAGGCGGAGCGCAAGCGGCUGCGGAACCGCAUCGCCGCUUCCAAGUGCCGCCGGCGGAAGCUGGAGCGCAUCGCCCGGCUGGAAGAGAAGGUGAAGGCGCUUAAGGGGCAGAACGCCGAGCUGGCCGCCACCGCCAACCUCCUCCGCGCGCAGGUCACCCAGCUGCAGGGCCGCGUCCGCAGCCACCUCUCGUCCGGCUGCCACAUCAACGCCGCCGGCCAUCCUCCACCCGCCGCCGCCCAGCGGGAGGCGCCCCCCGAGGCAGUCGCCCCGCCGGAGACUAGCGCCUGCUAAGGGGGGACCCCGCUGAGGGGGGACUCCGCCACCGACCCGAGCCGGGAUCGGGCCCUGAACCGUCCUCGCCCGCCGCCGGGGCGGCGCGGGGGCUCCGCGGGGCUCGCCCGCCGCAGCUCUCCUGUUGUUGUUGUCGUCAUUAUUAUUAUUAUUAAUUAUUACUAUUUAUUUGCGCCCGGAGAAGGCGUUUGCAGGAGCCGGGUGUUGCUAAGCGUUUCCUGAGGACUGUCGAUGUUGCUCUCGGGAGCGAGGGUAUUCGUGGGUGGUUCUGGGGCAGGUGGUUGGCUGUUCUCUUUCAGUGAAGUACGUGAGGUCUGCAGAGAUUUCGGAAAUUAAGAUAAUUCCUGUUUACAGAGAGAUUCAACUUUAUUUUAAUGGGGGAUAUAAAAAGUGUGUUUCCUAAUACACCUUUACUGAACUGUAUAGCAAUGGAUAAGCUUUUCAAACUCAAAAAAAAAAAAAAAAAGCCAGAAUCGUACCCUUUUGAGAAGAUGUGCGUGUAUAUAUAUAUAUAUAUAUAUAUAUAUUUAAAACAUGAUACGGCUAUGUAUAUUUUCUUGGUAUUGAUAAAGAACUUUUUUAAAAAUGCUGUCUUUCUCUAGAGCUUUAAUUUGCCAUUGAGAGUUAAGACAACUAUGUGGGUGCUCUUGCACUUACAUGGCUUCCGUUUUAAAAUCAAAGCCUGGAGGGGAAUGAUUUUUGUUGUAAAAUCUGAAGCAGAAUGAAAUGCAUUGCUGACUCAGUCAUUUGAAGAUACUUUUCUAAACCGUACGCUCCAUUUUUCUUGUGCAAGUGCAACCUUGGGGCAUUGAUAGUUACUUAUUGAAACUUGAACACUUUUGGACGUUGCCUAGACCUUAUUUUUCUAGAUAACAUGUUAGUAGAGAAAACCGUUACUUGGGCAAGAAGAGCUUUACUUUUUUUUUCCUUCACUGUGUACAUUCCAGUGGUGUUUGCUCUUUACAUAGUAUAGUAACAGUUCAGUGCUAUACAGAAAAGGGCUUAAGUUUGGGGUGGGUUAGCUAUAAAGGUGGCAAUUCCAUUGUAUACUGUUUGAAUAAAUCACAGAAUUAUUAUGGAAAAGUA